AUGCUGUUGGCUGAAGCGGGAACACGCAUCGAGGACGCGCGAGAGGCAACACAGCAGCCGCAGCAUCUGGGGCGGGAGCAGCAGCGGCAGCAGCAGCCACGGGCGCAGCAGCCACAGAAGCAGCAGCAGCAGCAGCAGCAGCAGCAGCAGCAGCAGCAGCAGCAGCAGCAGCCGCCCUGCCACCGUGAGGAGCGCCGUCGGCUAAAGGAGCGGCUGGCGGUCGUGGAAAAGGAGCUGCAGGCGGAGAGGCUGGCCGUGAGGGCGCUGAGCAGUGGGCGGGCAGGCGGUGGCAGCAGCUGCAGCGGCGGCGGCGGCGGCGGCGGCGGCGGCGGCGGCGGCAGCGGCCGCGGCGGCGGUGCUCGCAGCGCUGGCGGGCCGGACAAGCCGGCGCCGCAGUGA